AGGAAGUCCAAAAUGGCGAUGGACGGAAUGAUGUCCACGUCCUCGGGUCUGUCUUACCACAAUGCCGGGGACUAUUACCCCAGAAAAUUCGGCACGAAGCCGGACGUGGUGCCGUCCGGAGUCACCGAGAGGAAAGUGGGGCCGCUGGAUAAACCGGACAUGGUGUCGGUGGAUGUCCUUAACGUCAGUGAUUCAGAUGUCCACUUGCACAGGAAGAAGCAUGAGCACGACACGUACGUCUUGGGCACCAUUCAUCCAUUCAGGAAGACCCACAAGUCCUUCUGUGGAAAACUCCAGCAAGAAUUCCGACUGGUCACCUCAGAUAGACGGUCGUGGAGGAUCCUGUUGUUCGGGGCUCUCAACCUGCUGUGCACCGGCUGUCUGCUGAUGUGGUGCAGCUCCACCAACAGCAUGGCCCUCACCGCCUACACCUACCUCACCAUCUUUGACCUGUUCAGCCUGAUCACAUGUCUCAUCAGCUCCUGGGUGACCAUGAAACCCAGUCAGGUCUACUCGUUCGGGUUCGACAGACUGGAGGUUUUGGCUGUUUUUGCCUCCACUGUUCUCAUCCAGCUGGGAGCCUUGUUCAUCCUGAAGGAGAGUGUGGAGCGCUUCAUGGAGCAGCCUGAGGUCCAUACCGGCCGCCUGUUGGUCGGGACGUUCGUGGCUCUGUUCUUCAACCUGCUGACUCUGCUGUCCGUCAGGAACAAGCCCUUCGCCUACGUCUCAGAAGCGGCCAGCAGCAGUUGGCUUCAGGAACAUGUGGCAGAUCUGAGUCGGAGUUUGUGUGGCAUCAUCCCAGGUCUGAGCAGUGUGCUGCUGCCUCGUAUGAACCCGUUUGUCCUGAUCAACAUGGCGGGAGCUCUGUCGCUCUGCAUCACCUACAUGCUCAUAGAAAUCAAUAAUUACAAUGCGGUGGACACGGCGUCGGCGAUCGCCAUCGCCCUCAUGACCUUUGGCACCAUGUAUCCAAUGAGCGUCUACAGCGGCAAAGUGCUGCUGCAGACGACGCCGUCGAACGUCAUCGGCCAGUUGGACAAACUGCUCAGAGAGGUGUCGACUCUGGAAGGAGUGCUGGAGGUCCGAAACGAGCACUUCUGGACUGUCGGCUUCGGAUCGCUGGCCGGCUCUGCACACGUCCGUAUCCGCAGGGACGCCAACGAGCAGCUGGUUCUGGCUCACGUCACCAACCGGCUGCUGCCGCUCGUCUCCACGCUGACCGUCCAGAUCUUUAAAGACGACUGGACCAGACCCCUCCUCACCGGGACCCUGUCCUCCUCCGCCUCCUCUGCUCCCGCCCUGGGUCCUGAAGGCUACGCCACCUUCCCCGCCUCCUCUGCACCUCCUCCGCUCUUGACCUCCGGAGGGGAGAUGGACCCACUGACCUCCACGCCCUCCAAACCCAGCAGCCCUCCGCCGGAGUUCGCCUUCAACACGCCGGGGAGGAACGCGCAGCCCGUGGUCCUCCCCAACCCGGGUCACCACACCCACAGGCCCUACGGAGGCCUGGGACUCGCCUACGGAGCGCCCCCUUACACGGGGAUGCCGAGUCAGGGUGUGGCGCGGCCCGGUGGCGCGCCGGGACUCGGGCCGCAGGGUCUCGGAGCAGGGUUUGGACUGCCUUCCUCUCAGAGCUACAGAACUUCCUUCGGAGGGGCGACGGCGCCGCCCCGGUUUGGAACCAGCAACCCUCUGGCCUCGCAGUCGCAGUACAGACAAUACCGACCCUGAUUUCGCCGCCUUGGAACUCUGCUUCAGACGCUUUCAUUCACGAUGGAGGUCAAGUUGGUCCUCAGCUCAGAUAUUUACAUCUGAUGAGAUUUAUAUUCCGGUCCCGGCUGGACGCGACAGCAUUUACUCCCAGUGUGACAACAGGAUGGUAACUUUAGAUUCCAGUAGUGUGAGCCUCCCCUGACUCUAGAGAGGCGGCGAGUAUGUUGUGGUAUUUAUUUCGGGGACCAAAAGGAUGACUGUGGUUGGAUCUGGUAUGUUUGAGUCUGUUUUGUUUUUUUUUGUUUUUUUUUAUUGUCGUGAAACGUCCUCGACGUGAGGCCGACGGUCGGUUAUUCUCUUAACGCUGAGAGGAAACUUUUUAGCGGCGACAUCGUCAAACAACAUUUCUGGUGGAAGUUAAUAAAGUGUUCAAUCAAAUAAAAAUCCAGUUUUACAUUUA